AUGUAAUAAUAAACAAUCUAAGAUAUUGAAACCUAAGCCAAUUAACUAUUGGAAGGUGUUUAUCAGAGAAAAUCUGAUACGAUAACUUCUUACAGCAAACUAAAAAGACAAGAAGAAGUAAUAAUAAAUAAUCCCUUAUAUAUAUAAGGCAUUAGAUAUAGGAUUUGCAUCUGUAGGGUUUCCAGAUGAAAGUAUGGAUUCUGAAUCUGUCUAUGAAGUAAGAGAUUAAAUAAAAUUAGAUUUUACAACCUGGGUUUAUCUUUGAGGUUAUCGUAAGUAAGAAAAAUAUAGCCAAAGGAAGGUUAGAUGUAAUUUUAUAGAAAUUUCUUGCCUUCAGCGAUAAAUGUAUCACUUCCCAACAUCAAGUGAGAUAAGCUGAUUUUUCAUAGUUUAAAAAAUAAAAGCAUUUACUCUCACAGUUAACAUAAAUCAAUGUUAUGAGAAUUAAAGGAGUAAUUUAUGAAUAAGAUGUGGUAAUACAUAUUAUUAUUCAUUCAAAAGAUUGAAGAUUUCUCUAUAUUCACAUAUUACAUAAAUUAUGAGAAAAUUUAAGUGGGUGAUCAUUUAAAUGCUGUUUUAAUUGAUAAAACAAAAAUGACAAUGUCUUUAAAAAAUAAAAGUAUUAUGGGUGGCAAAUAAUGGAGUUUAAAGAGUCUAUAGAAUCCAUCUCAUUUUGAUAAUUGGCUUCAUUUUAGAUUGGGAUAUGCUAAAUAAAUUGGAGUGAAUUUUUAAUAUUAGGUUAUGAGUGAAGAAGAAAAGUAGAAAGCUUAAGAUUAAAUAAAUGAAAAUUUAAAAUUUAAAGAAGAAACAGGAACAUUAAAAAUGGAUUAUUAAAUUGAAUAAGAUGGAUUCUUUCCAAAUAAAUAGAAUUACGCAUUUAUGAUGCAAUCUCUUGGUUUAUCUUAGAAUACAUCAUUCACUAAUAGAAAUAAUCUAAAACCAUUUAUGAAGAUUAAUUUAGAUCAUAGAAGGCGUUUAUAUUAAAUUAUUUAUUUUUUCUAGACUUUCAAGUCUAUCUGUCUAACCAGAUGUCCAAUAGAUAUAUGUUCGCAAGUAGAAGAGUCAAAGUAAUAAUUGAAAAAAAAUAAUAAAAUAAUAAAAAAUAUAAUUCAUAUAUUUAAAUUAAUAUUUUUUUAUUAAUUUAUAUUUCUUCCUAAAUUUUAAAAUUCAUUUGCUUUAGAUAAGAAUCUUUAAACGCUUAUUGAAUCAUUUUCAAUCUAUCUCAUAAAACCUCAGGAGAUAAUUCUAGAUAUCCCAAUCAGAUCACCAGGAACCUAGACAUUAAGUAACUUAAUCCAUAAUCCUAAAAGAUAUAAUCCAAUUCCUACAAUUAAGUAAUAAUUAGUCUAAAUAAUUUAAUUAGUUCAACCCUCUUAAAUGAUGAAUAAGACAUUAUAUUUAAAUUCUCACCUAAUAACAAAAAUCUAUUGAUAAUUACUUUAGAUCGACUACCGCUAAGAGAUUAAAAAGAUGAUGAAUUACCUCUGAAUCCAUAUUUGUCACCAAAUUAUUCUUAUUAACAAUUAAUGGAGAAUUCAAGUACAAUGAAGAAUUUUUCGAUAAUUUUUUACUCUUUUGGAAAGUAUAUCCAAAUUUUGUUAAAUCAUUUAUUAAUGAAGUAUAUAUUUAUAUUAUAAUAGAUGA